AUGUACGGGACCUUUUUUAAAGGGUGGCCAUCUCCUCUUUUGGAGAUGCUGGCGCGAAAGGCAAAGCCGCUUUUUUUUCAGUCAGGAAAGUUUUUGAUGCAUGAGGGAGACUUGGACCGCUGCAUGUACAUGAUUACCACAGGCUCAGUGAGUGUUAUUUUGAAUGAUCGCUCAAAGGGGAAAAAACGAACGAAAGAGUGCAGUAAGGCAUGUUUUGCGCUCACUCCACCGUGUUAUGUGGGAGAAUUUGCCUUGGUGUGUAAGGAGCCUCGGAGUGCAUCCAUUCAAUGUGAAACCGAUGUGGGUGCCUGGACUGUUUCCCCCGAGGACUACGAGGAGGUCGCGCAACAUUUGAGUCCAGAGGUGGCAAGUCAACAAAGAGAAGCGACUGACGUUCGACGAAGAGCAAACUUGCAGAAAUUCUUUCCUUUGCGCGUUGAGCUUCUUAGCCAAUUUCCGUACUUUGAGAAAUUCAGUGUUGAGGCUCUUAAUAAAAUCAUUUCUGCCGUCGAGCCCAUCGUGCUUCACGACGGCGAUCCUCUGUUUUCAAAGUCUGAUAUGGAUUCUUCCGCCUAUUUUAUUCAAGACGGCGUUGCUAUCCUCUUGGAGGAGGAUGGCACCCGACGUACCAUACCGCGUGGGAGCUGUGUAGGGAUAUUUGAAUGCGCCUGUAGUGUUAAUGAGAGAAAAAGGUAUUCUAUCAUCAGCAAAAAUUACUGCGAUAUUUGGAGAAUGCGCCGCGAGGUUCUUAUUGACGUUGGAAUGAGUGAACCGGCUGCGUUUUUAUACUGCCGCAGUGCCGCCAAAUCCCAACGUGCAAAUGAGGUGGUGAAGCCCACAAAUCCUUCUAUUUUCGUGAGAAAAGAUCCGUAUCUGACGUUUUGUUUCACACGUCAGUUAAUAGGCCGAUUGUGGGAAGCUGCUCUUCCUGUAAUUUAUCUCAAUGACGAGAAACUUGUGGCUCAAGGACAGCUUUUUAAGCAGUUCAUUAUAUUGCAUAAUGGUGUGUUUGAAACAACAAUUAUUGCGGGAAAUGGGGAGCAUCAUACAGUGCGGAUCACAGUCAAUGGCGAGGUCACUGCCAUGGAAGUUAUUUCGGGAUCAAACGACAACUCGCUUUACAAGGGACGGGAGCCCAUGACGAAGGCAUUUUUCAGUUUGGUUUUGGGAGCCUACGAGUACGCCUCUUCGAUGCCGCAGUACAGUUCCACAGUGACGAGUUACGGGCUUUCGGAGGCCUUUGUGGUGGAUCGUGCGAACUUUGAUGCCCUAGUGCCUCCGGAGCUCAGGGAGAUUAUGGAGGAGGACAAAGAUGCACGUAAACUUGUGUACUCUUCUCACAAGGAAAAUGAUCCAGGCGUGAUUAUGUCGAACAUGCAUCUUGGGUUUGCCUCGACGUACCGAAAGAGCAGGAAAUGCCAUGUAAAGGGUGAUGCAAUUUGA